AUGGGAAUGUUAGAUAAAUUCAAGGAUCAAUUCCAUUCCACGACACCUUCAUACGAUUUUAAACCGUCCUCAUCCUCACACGACAUACAACUAGGACCCAACGCUGUAUUCCGAUAUCGUCAACAGCGAGGUAUUAAUCUAGGAUCUUGGUUCGCAUUAGAGAGAUGGAUAUGUCCCAAUGUAUUUAGGAAUGCGAAACAACCCGGACAAAGUGAUUUCGAUGUUGCAGGUGGUAAAGAUCCCAAGAGGACUUUGGAAGAACAUUGGGAUACUUGGAUAACCGAAGAUGAUUUCAAGUGGAUCAAAGGGAAAGGUUUUAAUUCUGUCCGAAUACCCAUAGCAUAUUUUCAUCUUUGCGGACCGUUACCGGAGGUGUUGAAGGGAACAGACUAUGAACCAUUUCAUCAUAUCUACGAGGGUGCUUGGGGCAGGAUUAAAAGAGCUGUUGAACUUGCUGGAUCUUUUGGUUUAGGUGUACUGAUAGAUUUACAUGGUGUUGCGGGUGCUCAAAAUCCAGAUGCACACGCCGGAUUAUCAAUUGGAAAAGUUGGACUUUGGGAUAAACAUUCUAAUUUAGCUUCCACAUCGUUAUCACUUCGAUUUCUAGCAUCUGAACUAUCUAAUGUUCCACAUAUCGUUGGAUUAGAAUUAUUGAAUGAACCAGCAAAUAACCCGAAAUUACAGUCAUGGUAUAAAUCCACCAUAGAUGAAAUACGUUCGAUCGUUUCAUCAGAUUUCCCGAUUUACAUCUCUGAUGCAUGGGAUACCAACCAUUACGCUCAAUUCGUCGGUAGCAGAAACGACUUUGUGGUGCUAGAUCAUCAUUUAUACAGAUGUUUCACGAAUGAUGAUAAAUCCAAAUCUGGUUCUACACACGCCAACGAAAUCAAAAGUUCAUUCCAAAACACCUUUAAAGGUCAAAGUGAGAAUGCAAAAGGUAAUAUUGUUAUUGGUGAAUGGUCAUCGUCAUUAGACAACUCAAGUCUACAAGGUAACGAUCAACAAAAAGAUGCUCAAAGAAGAGAAUUUACACAUGCACAAUUGGAUCUGUUCGAAAGUCAUUCUGCAGGAUAUUGGUAUUGGACAUAUAAGAAAGGUGAAGGUUGGGAUGCAGGUUGGUCAGCUAAAGAUGCUUCAAGAGCUGAAAUCUUACCGAAUUGGGUUGGAGGUAAGCAAUUCAAAGGUCCGCCUCCAGAUAAUGUAAAAGAACAUGAAUUACAACGAGGUCAUAACUCACAUAAAUCAUAUUGGGCUUCAAAUGGAGGAUCACCAGAUCCAGAAGUUUAUGCACCUGGAUUCUCACAAGGAUGGGAUGACUCUUUGUUAUUCCUCUCGCAUCAAUCUGGAACAAGUCAAAUAGGUUUCGUUGACCAAUGGAUAGGCAAAAGGAGGAUCGAAUACGAGAGUCAUACAGGUAGGAAACUGGGUAAAGCUGCUUGGGAGUGGGAACAUGGUUUCAAGCAAGGUAUCGAAUCUUCUCUAAAAAUCUGCACUCAAUAG